CGGCGAUUGGGCAAAACUAAUCAAGCGUGUGGAACGUUGAGCCAUGUACGGAAGCCGAACAAGGACCUGCUGGUGGAUUUUUGAAACUGACAUGACAGCUAUUUCUCACACAGAGCCAGAGCUACUUAUCGCAACAGCAAGGGGGUUCGGGAUUAUCUCUUUGCUCUAAAAACAAAGUGAGAGAUCCAAACCCUUUGCUACUAAAUACAUCUGGAUUGCAUCUGCCAUUCUGUAAAUGCUCAUUGCCACGGUACCGGUAGCUACUGCUAACAAAGCAAUUACGGAUCUGACAAAUCGGUGCGACCAGGAUGGAGUGGCAGCCGGAUGAACAGGGUUUGCAGCAGGUGCUUCAGCUGUUGAAGGACUCCCAGUCUCCAGACACAGCCACACAGAGAGCUGUGCAGGAAAAACUGGAACAGCUCAACCAGUUCCCAGACUUCAACAACUAUCUCAUCUUCGUCCUUACAAGCCUCAAAUCAGAGGAUGAGCCGACGCGUUCUCUAAGUGGUCUCAUAUUGAAGAACAAUGUGAAGGCCCACUACCAGAACUUUCCUCCUCUGGUCGCUGACUUCAUCAAGAGGGAAUGUCUCAACAACAUCGGAGAUCCCUCGCCCCUCAUCAGAGCAACCAUCGGCAUCUUGAUAACAACCAUAGCAUCUAAAGGAGAGCUGCAGACAUGGCCUGAACUCCUCCCUCAACUUUGUAACCUGCUCAACUCUGAAGACUACAAUACCUGCGAGGGUUCAUUCGGAGCACUGCAGAAGAUCUGUGAGGAUUCUUCAGAGCUGUUGGACAGCGAUGCUCUCAACAGACCCCUGAACAUCAUGAUCCCCAAGUUCCUACAGUUCUUUAAACACUGCAGCCCAAAGAUCAGGUCUCAUGCCAUAGCGUGUGUGAAUCAGUUCAUCAGCAGUAGAGCCCAGGCUCUGAUGGACCACAUCGACACCUUCAUCGAGAGUCUGUUUGCUCUAGCGGGGGAUGAGGACUGUGAGGUGAGGAAGAACGUGUGUAGAGCUCUGGUCAUGCUGCUGGAGGUCCGGAUAGACCGACUCAUACCACACAUGCACAGCAUCAUACAGUACAUGCUCCAGCGAACCCAAGACCCAGAUGAGAAUGUCAGUCUGGAGGCCUGUGAGUUCUGGCUCACCCUGGCUGAGCAGCCCGUCUGCAAGGAGGCCCUGUCUGGGCACCUGGUCCAACUCAUCCCUAUCCUGGUGAAUGGGAUGAAGUACUCUGAGAUAGACAUCAUCCUCCUAAAGGGAGAUGUAGAGGAGGAGGACGACACCGUACCAGACAGUGAGCAGGACAUCAAGCCUCGCUUCCACAAGUCCCGCACCGUCACCCUGCAACACGAGGGAGGAGAGGGGGAGGAGGGGGAGGACCACGACGAUGACGAUGACGACGAUGACACGCUCUCCGACUGGAACCUGCGGAAGUGUUCAGCGGCAGCGUUAGACGUGUUGGCUAACGUGUUUCGUGAUGAGCUCCUCCCCCACCUGCUGCCCCUGCUGAAGGGCCUGUUGUUCCACCCAGACUGGGUCGUCAAGGAGUCUGGAAUACUGGUGCUGGGGGCUAUCGCUGAGGGUUGUAUGCAGGGCAUGGUUCCCUACCUACCAGAGUUGAUGCCUCACCUCAUCCAGUGUCUCUGUGAUAAGAAGGCCCUGGUGCGCUCCAUCGCCUGCUGGACCCUGUCCCGCUACGCCCACUGGGUGGUCAGCCAGCCCCCCGACUCCCACCUCAAACCCCUCAUGACUGAACUCCUCAAGAGGAUCCUGGACGGGAACAAGAGGGUUCAGGAGGCCGCCUGCAGUGCGUUUGCUACCCUAGAGGAGGAGGCCUGUACAGAGCUGGUUCCCUAUCUGAGCUUCAUUCUGGAUACUCUGGUCUUCGCCUUUGGAAAAUACCAACACAAGAACCUGCUCAUACUGUACGACGCUAUAGGAACACUGGCGGACUCAGUAGGACACCACCUCAACCAACCGGAGUACAUAGAGAAGCUGAUGCCUCCUCUCAUCGCCAAGUGGAAUGAGCUGAAGGAUGAAGACAAGGACCUGUUUCCUCUGUUAGAGUGUCUGUCCUCUGUAGCUACAGCCCUCCAGAGUGGCUUCCUGCCCUACUGUGAACCAGUCUACCAGCGCUGUGUUACACUGGUGCAGAAAACACUGGCUCAGGCUAUGAUGUACAGCCAACAGCCGGACCAGUACGAAGCUCCUGAUAAGGACUUUAUGAUCGUGGCCCUGGACCUCCUCAGUGGUCUGGCUGAGGGCCUGGGGGGCCACGUUGAUCAGCUGGUGUCCCGGAGCAACAUCAUGACACUACUGUUUCAGUGCAUGCAGGACACCAUGCCAGAGGUGAGACAGAGCUCCUUCGCCCUGCUGGGUGAUCUGACCAAGGCCUGCUUCCCUCACGUCAAACCCUGCAUCGCUGAGUUCAUGCCUAUUCUAGGGACCAACCUGAACCCAGAGUUCAUCUCUGUGUGUAACAACGCUACCUGGGCCAUUGGAGAGAUCUGCAUGCAGAUGGGUGUAGAGAUGCAGCCCUAUGUGUCUCUGGUUCUGAACCAGCUGGUAGAGAUCAUCAACAGACCCAACACACCCAAGACCUUGCUGGAGAACACUGCCAUUACGAUUGGUCGCCUGGGCUACGUGUGUCCUCAGGAGGUGGCUCCGAUGCUCCAGCAGUUCAUCAGACCGUGGUGUACGUCCCUACGGAACAUCCGUGACAACGAGGAGAAAGACUCCGCCUUCAGAGGGAUCUGCAUGAUGAUUGGUGUAAACCCUGGGGGAGUGGUCCAGGACUUCAUCUUCUUCUGUGAUGCCGUGGCGUCCUGGGUCAGCCCUAAAGACGACCUGAGAGACAUGUUCUACAAGAUCCUCCAUGGUUUUAAGGACCAGGUAGGAGAGGAGAACUGGCAGCAGUUCUCAGAACAGUUUCCCCCCCAGCUGAAGGAGAGACUGUCUGCCUGCUACGGCGUGUAGAAACCCCCCCUAACCUAACAUCAGGUGAGCCAGUAGUAGAGGAAGAAGGUGAAAAGGAAUCUCAUCCAUCUGUGUUAAUGCCCUGAACUGAUCUGGGGGGAGGGGGGAGAGGGACCCAUCACGCCAUUGGCCGCUCCCCCUGACAGACGGCCCCCACGCCCUAUGUAUUUCUCCAUAGCGGGAGGGUGGGCGGGACUUGGGGAGGGACAGGGGGACACCUCUAGAUUAAAGAUUAAGGGGACCCAACCAACACAGAGAAACCAACUAAGGUAGGGACAGAGAGAGGGGGGUACCUACAUUCAGAAGGAAAAGGUUCCAACGCAGAAACAGGUAGGGACAGAUAGAGAAUGAAGAGUGAGGGAAAGAGAGGUAGGUAGGGGCCAGCUAGACUACAGUAGAGAGGGGUAGGUAGGGGCCAGCUAGACUACAGUAGAGGGGUAGGUAGGGGCCAGCUAGACUACAGUAGAGAGAGAGGUAGGUAGGGGCCAGCUAGACUACAGUAGAGAGAGGUAGGUAGGGGCCAGCUAGACUGCAGUAGAGAGAGGUAGGUAGGGGCCAGCUAGACUGCGGUAGAGAGGGGUAGGUAGGGGCCAGCUAGACUGCAGUAGAGAGGGGUAGGUAGGGGCCCAGCUAGACUGCAGUAGAGCGGGGUAGGUAGGGGCCAGCUAGACUGCAGUAGAGAGGGGUAGGUAGGGGCCAGCUAGACUACAGUAGAGAGGGGUAGGUAGAGAGGCCAGCUAGACUGCAGUAGAGGGGUAGGUAGAGAGGCCAGCUAGACUGCAGUAGAGAGGGGUAGGUAGGGGCCAGCUAGACUACAGUAGAGUGAGGUAGGUAGGGGCCAACUAGACUACAGUAGAGUGAGGUAGGUAGGGGCCAGCUAGACUGCAGUAGAGAGGUAGGUAGGGGCCAGCUAGACUGCAGUAGAGAGGUAGGUAGGGGCCAGCUAGACGACAGAAGAGAGAGGUAGGUAGAGAGGCCAGCUAGACUAUAGUAGAGAGAGGUAGGUAGAGGUCAGGUAGAGGCCAGCUAGACUAUAGUAGAGAGAGGUAGGUAGAGGUCAGGUAGAGGCCAGCUAGACUACAGAAGAGGGAAAGAGACUUAACAGAUUUAAAUCAGAAAAAAUCCACCACACAGAGAGCCAUAGACGGAGAGACUGACAGGCACUCCCACAGUAAGACACGCACACUUGCAAUACCUAGAGCUUUGUGUAGAUGGCGCUGUUACACUAGUCAGACUCCGACACUACCAGUAAGGGAUUAACAGUCAGUGAGGGACAGACAGCGUGUUGGGGACAGACAGGGUGUUGGGGACAGACAGGUAGGUGUCUAGCCUCUGUUUAUUUCUGGGAGAUAGCUGUUUUUUUCCGGGGUAAAGGAUCUUCUAUAUGAAUUAAUAUUCCUCCUGUUAUUACUCAAUCACUGGUUCACUGCUGAUCUCUCCUCCACCAAGCAUGUUUUGGUUUCUGUCCUUUUCCCUAAGGAAUGCUUUCUUCCAUAUAAAUCUCAUGAGAUAAUUAUCAUGUUCUCUUCUAGAUAGACAGGGGAUAACUAACCUCUUGGUUCAUACGAGUCAUCAUUAUAAGAGGAAUAGGGCUUUAAUAAUACCUGUUAUUCUUACGUAAAGUUAGGAAACUACAGAUCACAGCCUCUCGUCUCUACUUGUACCUGUUUGUGUGUCGUGUCUGCGUUUGUUUACCUAUUUGUUUACCGUACGUGACACUGUUGAUUGUUUUAAUAAGGUAACGAUUUAACACUUGACUCCUCCCACCCUAUUGUCCUCCGCCUGUAAACUGUGACCAACUGUGUGUGUGUGUGUGUGUGUGUUGCCAUAGUGAUGUCUGGAGGAAAGAGAUUGAACCCAGAACUGUUUAUCCUGAUAACGUGUUACAAGAGGUCCAUAUUUUGUUGCUUUUUGUUUAUUAUUUUUUUCAUUUGCUGCUGCUGUUUUUUUUUAGUUUCCAUGGUGAGCUUAAAUGAACACAAACAACACAUUUGUUUAUUUUUAGUUUUGUGGUUUUGCACUUUUAAUUUUUUAAUUUUUGUAUUAAGGAUUUUUUUUAAAACUUCCCUCAUAAAGGACAUCUGAAUUCUACCGUCCGUGUUCUGUUGUCUCUUACUUACUGGGGGAACAAAAGCUCUUUUGUCUCUUACUGGGGGAACAAAAGCUCUUUUGUCUCUUACUGGGGGAACAAAAGCUCUGUUGUCUCUUACUUACUGGGGGAACAAAAGCUCUGUUGUCUCUUACUGGGGGAACAAAAGCUCUGUUGUCUCUUACUUACUGGGGGAACAAAAGCUCUGUUGUCUCUUACUGGGGGAACAAAAGCUCUGUUGUCUCUUACUUACUGGGGGAACAAAAGCAGGAAUACGAAAAUGGCAAAUAAAAAGUUAGUGAAACUGCGAGUAAUCGUCACUUUUACAGCGACCGACUGUGUACGUUUUGUGUUUUCUAGGGAGAAGAGGUUGUAGCUGGAACUAGCCUACUGUGUGUGUGUGUGUGAGAAUAGUGUUGUUAUCCUUUUAACUUGUCUUCACUUUGUUCCAAGAUAAGAGCACAAUGUCCCUCCAACAGGACAGCGGAGCGAGGACUCAUACAGACAGACGGCAACAUCCUCCGUCCCAAAUACCACUCUAUUCCCUAUAUAUAUUCCUCAUAGGGCUCUGGUCAAAAGUAGUGCAUUUUAAAGGGAAUGUUGCCAUUUUGUACGAAGGCACAGACACUAUCAUAGAGUUGGAUAGAGGGUGCACUUGAACAGAAACCGUUAUUGAAUGUGUGCCCUCUAGCCAACUUUAUGUACAGUAUAGACAGCUGUGAGGUUGUCAGCAGUAUGAGGCCCGGAUUCGAUCCGAUCGACACCUUUUUAAAGACAAUGUUCCCACGUUCGUGGAGACCUCAUUCACGGUCUGCUUAUGUCAGCUCAAUUGGAAAUGACCUUUAAAUGUCAUGAGGCAGAUCUAAUGAGGAUUUGAAUGAAUCCCAGCCUUAGUGUCAUUUAAAGGGGACGUUCAGUAUUUUGGCCUUUGGCUUUUAAAGUUAGCUGGCUGUUAUAAAAAGAAAUCGAACCAGGGACUUCAGUUUCUCCUGAACCAUUGAAUACUUUCAGGGUGAGGAACAAUCUAACAUUAAGUUGUAAAAUCCUGAACUUCCCCUUUAAUAUCCAUAUUAUCUCAGCUUCAGUGAAUUUGGACACAUUUUGCACAGAUGUAUAGAUGACGGACUGACCAGGACUGUGAUCAUAGAAGCGAUAAACUAAUCAAUGUACCAUUCAACAAAGACAAUCUACAUCUCCCCCAUUCUGCUAUCUCUAUUUCUAUCAUUUUAUCAGUUUAGAUUUUAGCUUUUUGUAUUCAUUCAAAUGUAUUUAAAGAUGUUUUUUUUUUGUCAGGUUUCAAUGUUCUGUAGUAGAUCGUUUUGGACUCGUUAUGAUAUUGUGAUGACUUAAUUGGUUCAUUAAUAAACGCAAUCAAGUGUCUUUA